AUGCAAAUCUCAUUCAUUAGCGUAAUCCUCGGCCUAGCUGCCAUCUCUUCUGCAGCGAUUGCCGACGUCGAGGGUGUUCGGCAUGCUCCCCGAGACUCGAUCAUCAUGACCCGCCAGAGCGGGAGCGCCAACGGCAAUCGGCCUACGCCAUCUGGGGCCUGCUGCGUCGCCAAUACCUCGCUAAAGCAGGACACCUGCACUGCUACCGAUGGCACCCAGGGGCGAUGCGUACCUGGAGGCAACGACUGUGGAGGCUCUCUGAGUUGCGUCGCCCAGUCCAAGCUGACCUGCGACGCGGCCAUCAUUGAGCGCGGCAAGAGUUUGUGUCGUGCCAAUGCCGGCAAUGGGCAGUUUAUCGAUGGUGCCAAGACGAUUUCCAGCUUGAGCCAGGCCUCUGUCAAUUAG